AUGGCAGGAGAAGACUCCUAUAUUAUGGGAGUGCCUGAUCCCCAAAUGUUUGCAAUGGAUCAGCUUAUAGGAAUGAACACAUUAUUUAAUAACACAAAUUACAUCACUUCAGACAUACCACUACGAACAGAUGGACCGUAUCUUCAAAUCAUAGAACAGCCAAAACAGAGAGGGUUUCGCUUCCGAUACGUAUGUGAAGGACCUUCACAUGGUGGACUUCCUGGUGCCUCUAGUGAAAAGAACAAAAAAUCAUACCCUCAGGUCAAAAUCUGCAAUUAUGUUGGACCUGCAAAAGUAAUUGUCCAGUUAGUUACAAAUGGGAAAUAUGUCCACUUGCAUGCUCACAGCCUGGUGGGUAAAUUUUGUGAAGAUGGAGUAUGCACAGUUAACGCAGGACCUAAAGAUAUGGUUGUAGGGUUUGCAAAUCUUGGAAUACUUCAUGUCACAAAGAAGAAAGUGUUUGAAACUCUGGAAGCACGCAUGAUAGAUGCUUGCAAAAAAGGAUACAACCCGGGACUCCUGGUGCACCCUGAGCUUGCCUAUCUGCAGGCAGAUGGAUGUGGAGACAGACAGCUGACUGAACGAGAGAGGGAAAUCAUUCGCCAGGCAGCGAUACAGCAGACCAAGGAGAUGGAUCUCAGCGUGGUGCGCCUCAUGUUCACAGCCUUCCUCCCUGACAGCAAUGGCAGCUUCACGCGGAAACUCGACCCUGUCAUAUCAGAUGCAAUAUAUGACAGCAAAGCUCCCAACGCCUCCAACUUAAAAAUCGUAAGGAUGGACAGAACAGCAGGGUGUGUAACAGGAGGGGAAGAGAUUUACCUUCUCUGUGACAAGGUUCAGAAAGAUGAUAUUCAAAUACGUUUCUAUGAAGAGGAUGAGAAUGGAGGCAUGUGGGAAGGCUUUGGAGACUUUUCUCCUACAGAUGUACAUAGACAGUUUGCCAUCGUGUUCAAAACACCCAAGUACCGAGAUGUCAAUAUCACAAAGCCAGCCUCUGUAUUUGUACAGCUGCGCCGGAAAUCCGAUCUAGAAACCAGCGAACCCAAGCCUUUUCUUUACUAUCCAGAAAUCAAAGAUAAAGAAGAAGUGCAAAGGAAACGCCAGAAGCUCAUGCCCAACUUCUCUGAUGGCUAUGGAGGAGGUGGUAGCGCAGGAGGCGGUGGCAUGUACGGAGCGGGAGGUGGUGGUGCUGGCUCUGGGUUCAGUUAUCCUUCGUAUGGAUAUUCAGCUUUUGGAGGGAUGCAUUUCCACCCUGGCACAACAAAGUCCAAUGCUGGAAUGAAACAUGGGCUAUCAAAUAGCACAGCUGAACAAGAUGGGAAGUGCUGUAAUAAACAAAGUGACAAGUGCGACACGAAACAUGAUGUGAAAGUGGAAACUAUGGAGAGGAGGGAGUACAGGACCUCUGGUGAUAAUGAGAAGGAGGAUGCUGCUUCUUCCUGUACUGAAGUAAAUGAAGCAGAUUGCAGGUGGCAGGAUGGUCUGUUCCUGGAGAAGGCCAUGCAGCUAGCCAAGCGCCACUGCAAUGCUCUCUUUGAUUAUGCUGUAACUGGAGAUGUGAAGAUGCUGUUGGCUGUUCAGCGCCAUCUCACUGUGGUCCAGGAUGAUAAUGGAGACAAUGUCCUUCAUUUAGCAAUUAUCCACCUUCAUACUGAGCUGGUGAAGAACCUCUUGGAAGUGAUGCCUGAUUUGAAUUACAAUGACAUCAUUAACAUGAGAAAUGACCUCUACCAGACCCCCUUGCACCUGGCAGUGAUCACAAAGCAGGCAGAGGUGGUACACGACCUGCUGAAGGCUGGAGCAGAUGUCAGCCUGCUGGAUCGCCAUGGUAAUUCUGUCUUACACUUAGCUGCUACUGAAGGAGAUGACAAGAUUUUGAGUCUGCUUCUCAAGCAUAAGAAGAUACCUCCUAUGAUCAACCUUUUCAAUGGUGAAGGUCUCUGUGCAGUUCACAUGGUGGUGAUGGCGAACAGCCUGUCCUGCCUCAAACAGCUGAUUGCUGCUGGCGUUAACGUCAAUGCUCAGGAACAAAAAUCUGGACGAACUGCAUUGCAUUUAGCUGUGGAACAAGAGAACAUCCCUUUGGCAGGCUGCCUUUUGCUUCAGGGUGAUGCAGAUGUGGACAGCACUACAUAUGAUGGGACAACUCCACUUCACAUAGCAGCUGGAAGGGGCUCUACGAAAUUGGCAGCAGUUCUCAAAGCAGCAGGUGCAAAUCCCCACAUUGAGAACUUUGAGCCAUUGUUUGAUCUAGAUGAUGUGAAAGAUGAUGAUGAAGGGAUUGUGCCUGGAACAACACCCCUGGAUAUGGCAGCCAACUGUGAGGUGUAUGACAUACUCAAUGGCAAACCCUAUGAGUCAACCGUGGGUUCGGAGGACUUACUGAAACAAGGACGCUUAAGAGAUCUGAACGAAGGUUACAAGAUGCAGCUGUACAAACUAUUGGAAGUGCCUGAUCCAAACAAAAACUGGUCCACUCUAGCACAAAAACUGGGUCUUGGCAUACUGAAUAAUGCCUUCAGCUUGAGCCCUUCCCCGUCAAAAACCCUACUAGACAACUACGAGGUUUCUGGUGGCACAGUUCAAGAGUUGAUGGCUGCUUUGAGACAGAUGGAUCACACAGAAGCCAUUGAAAUCAUUCAGAAAGCACUAUCCCUCUCACAAUGCCCAUCUCACCUGGAGGACAACACAGCAGAAGCUCUUCUGUCAUCAUCACCAUCACUCACCUUUGCAAAUGGAGAGACAGGCAAGCUCUGUAACAGCAAAUUUCAAGACAGUGACAGCAUGUGUGACAGUGGUGUGGAGACCUCCUUCCGCAAACUGAGCUUUACUUACUCAGACUCUCUGAGCAGCAAGUCAGCAGUGACACUUAGCAAAGUGACCCUGGGCUACAGACAGGAAAGCUCAGUGCAAAGCAGUUACAUAGCCAACUAGUAACAAUCAAUUAGGAACGUGCAGUCACAGGAGCAAAUGUGACAACUCUAUCAGUGUCAUCCCAGCCAGAGGGAAGUGAAUUUACAGCCAAAAGCACACUGGAAGAACCAUACAUGGACCUGAACCAAUGGCAGCUUCAGCAGAAGCCUCCUAGCCAUUGCUUCCUUC